AGGAUCGGAUCGGGUUUCGCGCACGGUUUCGCCCCUUUGCCAUGUCGGAUACCAAACUUGUGGUGGUGGGAGCCACAGAGCAACCACCGCCAUCGUCACCCAUAAGUCCGCAGACCGGGAAGUCUGCCAAGGAGGAUGAGAUCCUUGAGGCCGCGCCUGUGAAGGAGGAGACGGAAAGUGAGAAGAAGAAGCGAGAGGCCAAGGAGAAGGAGGAUGCUUUGAAGGAGUGGGGUGGGAAGGCUCCGCUACGCAAGCUCCUGUCGCUCAGCAGCUGCGGCGAGAAAUGCGCGCUGGCGCUGGGCAUGCUUGGGGCGUUGGGUCACGGAGCCGGCCAGCCCCUGAUGUGUCUGAUGUUCGGUGAGCUGAUCGAUGGUCUUGGUUCCACCAUGUUCACGGAUGUCAGCUCAAUCCCAGCCAACGUGACGGCAGCCGAGCUCGCCGAAUUCCAGGCGGCCUUCUUGGAGCAAGGCAACCAAGCUAUGAUGGAGAAUGUCGGUCGGAUCGCAGUGCAGUUUGUGGCGAUCGGCUUCGGGGUUCUUGCAGCGGCUUCACUACAGGGCUUUGGCUUCCCUUACUUCACAGACAGUCAAGUGGCGAAGAUGCGACCCUUGUAUUUUGACGUAAUGCUCCACAGAGAUGUGGCAUGGUUCGACACUCAUGCCGUGGGAUCCCUGCCAGGCGAAAUGGCAUCGGACCUGGAUGUCUUUGCAGAAGGUUUUGGGAACCAACUGGGCAUGGCUUUCAUGUCUAUGUCUGGCCUCAUCGUCGGUUUGAUCGUGGGCUUCUACUUGUCGUGGCAGAUUGCGCUGGCCAUGCUUGUGACACUGCCGCUGAUGGCUCUGGGGGCUGUCCUAAUGUCUACAGCCGUGCUGGAUGCUAUGAAGGAAGUGCAAGGGCCAUAUGCGAGAGCCGCCGCACUGGCGGACGAAGUGCUCUUCGCCAUCCGCACGGUGGUUGCUUUUGGCGGUGAGGCCCGCGAGAUCCAGCGCUACAGCGCGGCGGCAGAUGAGGCAAGGAAAGGAGGCUUCAAGAAUCGCGUCAAGACUGGCAUGGGCAUGGGCUACAUUUGGCUCAUCUACUUUGCCGCGAUGGCGCUGGCGUUUUGGGUCGCCAUGACGCUGAUGUACGAUGGCAACCAGGAUCUCACGGCAGGGAAGGUGAUGUCUGCGUUCACAUGCGUGCUCACCGUUGGCUUCAUGAUCGGCAGCAUUGGCCCUGGCAUUACUGGCGUCGUGGCUUCUCAGGCCGCUCUGGCGCGAUUCUUCUACCUCGUGAAGCAUGAGUCCGAAAUCCAGCGCAGAGUCCACGAUGAUCGUCGGCCUGCUUCGACCAUCGAGUCCCUGCAGCUGGAGAAUGUUGCCUUCUCGUAUCCCGCCCGGCCAGACAUCCAAGUCUUGUCAGGCGUCUCCUUGACCAUUCGCAAGGGCCAGAAAGUGGCCUUUGUCGGGGAGUCGGGCAGCGGUAAGAGCACCAUCAUGGCGCUCCUGGAACGCUUCUACGACCCCCAGCAGGGCGCAGUGCUGGUGAAUGGAGUAGAUCUCCGGACGAUCAACAUCCAGUCCUACAGAAAGCAGAUUGGAUACGUUGGUCAGGAGCCUGUUCUGUUCGCCACCAGUGUGCGGGCCAACAUCAUGCAGGGCUGUGUUGAUGCAUCGGAUGAUGAUUUCCAGAAGGCGGCGAGGAACGCCCAGCUGGACUUUGUGAAGUCGCUGCCGCAGGACUUCGACACCUACGUGGGAUCUGGAGGGUCCCAAUUUUCGGGUGGCCAGAAGCAGCGCAUCGCCAUCGCCCGCGCGCUGCUGAAGAAGCCCUCGGUGCUGUUCUUGGAUGAGGCGACAAGUGCAUUGGACAGCAACUCUGAGAAGAUGAUUCAGCAAACCAUCGAUGACCUGGGAAAGGCCAGCGAGUUGGGUGGCAUGACGAUUGUCAGCAUUGCCCACCGCUUGAGCACAGUUCAGAACUCCGACGUUAUCUACGUUCUGAAGAGUGGAGAGGUGGUGGAGCAGGGCUCCCACUCGGCGCUCACCGCCAAGGAGGGCGGCGUGUACCAAGCCUUGGCCGCGGCGCAGGGCGCAGUCCUCAAGCGCCAGGAUUCCGGCCAAGCGGAGACGGAGGAGAAGGCUCCAGAGCUGCAGACGGGACCUUCAACCGCACAGGCUGUGGCCGAGGAGGAUAAAGAAGACGCUCGCGAGAAGGAGAUCAUGAAGACCUACAAGGUGCCAACCGCGCGCUUGCUGAGCUUCUCCCGCAGCGUCUGGUGCUUUUUUGCGCCUGGCUUCCUGGCCGCGCUGGUGAGCGGAGCCUGCUUUCCGAUUCUUGGCGCUUACAUUCUGACGGAUGCCAUUGUUGCGCUGAUGAAUCCGGACAAGGAAGUCAUGAAGGAGAAGUCAGAGAUGGCAGCAAUAUGGUUUGUGGUCUUUGGUGCCAUCAAAUGCCUGGCCUCCACCAUCCAGUUCGCGAGCUUCGGCAUCAUUGCCGAGGUCACCACACGGGAAGCCAGGGUGGCCAUGCUGACCAACGUCUUCCGCCAAGACAUCGGCUUCCACGACAAUCCGGAGAACACUGCGGGGAAGUUGGUGGCGGCGCUGAAGAUCCACGCCUAUCGGAUCUCCCGGCUGUUGGUGAGCUUCGGGGACCAAGGGGAUGCCCUCUGCUCCGUUUUGGUUGGGCUGGUCAUGGCCUUUGUGGCCUGCUGGCAAAUGGCCCUGGCCAUGCUGGGAGCCAUCCCCAUCUUCGCCAUUGCCCAGGGCAUGCAAAUGGCCGUGAUGAUGGGCGCGCAGAAGGAGGAGAACGGCGCCAUGAAGCGCGCCUCACAGGUGCUGUCCGAUGCGCUGCUCAACUCGCGCACCGUGCAAGCUUCUGGCAACGAAAAGGAUGUCCUGAAGCUGUACUCCGACAUCGUCGGCAAGCUUUCCGAGAAGUUGUUCAGGAGUUCGGUGGCUAAGGGCUUUGGCUUCGGACUCUCAUCUGCCGUGGUGUUCUGGAUCAUGUCUGGUGGAUUCUACAUCAUGGGCUUGCUCAUAAAGGACGGGCAGGCCACCUUCGAGACCGGGAACCAGGCCUUUAUGGGCAUCCUCUACGGCGCCAUGGGCGCCGGCAUGGCCGCGUCCCUCACGGGGAACUUGGCCAAGGCCAAGGUCGCCGCCCACGACCUCUUCCAAAUCAUCGACACGCAGAGUUUGAUCAACGGCCUGGAGCCGGUUGGCUCGGCCCUGCAGGAGGGCCACACCGUGGGACGCAUCGAGUUUCAAGCGGUGAAGUUUGCAUAUCCGUUCCGACCUGAUGUUCAGGUGCUCAAGGAAGUUUCCUUCGUCUUGCAAGCCGGAAUGUCUGCCGGAUUGGUCGGACCUUCUGGUGGAGGCAAGAGUACUGUCAUGGCGAUGAUUCAGAGAUUCUAUGACCCGUCUUCUGGUGCAGUCUUGAUUGGUAGCAACCGCCAGCCGUUGCGCGACCUCAACAUCAGGUGGUGGCGCAAGCAGGUUGGCUUUGUGGGCCAGGAGCCCAUUCUCUUCAACGCCUCUGUCCUGGAGAACGUGAUGUAUGGCCUGGAGCAGGGCGAGCAAGUCUCGCCCGAGCACUUGGAGAAUUGCAAGAAGAUGGCCAACUUGAACUUCAUCGACAACAGCAAGGCGCAGGGCUGGGAGACGCAGGUGGGCCCUCGCGGAAGUCGCCUGAGCGGGGGGCAGAAGCAACGCGUGGCGAUCUGCCGGGCGUUGGUGCGAAACCCCCCGAUCCUGC